AUGUCUCCUGCAAAUGGAGACAUUCCUCUGAACCCGUCGAGGUCCGGCUCAGCUCCCAAAGCCCGCCGCACUGAUUUGCCUUUUGAAAAACCUAGCCAACGUCGUACUAAGGGUCAAAAAGCCCCUGGUCUACACGUGGUCAAGAAAACCCCACUGAGCAAGUUGGCUGGGGAUAGGACGCCGAUUCUUAUCGAACAAAUGAAAGAUUGGAUACUCCGUUCCCUCGAAAAGCGCAUUCAGGAGGCCAAGGAGAGAGAGAAGGUCCCGCGGCCUAUGAACUCCUUCUUUAUAUACCUUUCGAUGUAUGUCAAGGUCAUCAAAUCUCAUUUCGGAGUGGAAAACCAUCAACUUGUCAACCAGAUUGCAGGAGCGAGCUGGGGUGCAGAACAUGAAGCCUUUAAGAAGCAAUUCAAAGAUAUGGCCAAGUCCGAGCGCCAGCGCCAUGCCUUAGCAAACCCAGAGUACAAAUUCCAACCACAGUCGCGACAAUCAUCAUCUUUGGGCAAGCCUACAGCACAAUUACAAUCCAACGGGUUUCCUGAAAACGACGGCGAAUGGUCUCACAGCAAUGGGCCUGAGACAACCACCCUAAACCCUGUCUAUAACCCGUCCUGGGGGUAUAACGCUGGAGGUAUACAUGAUGCUUCCACAUGGCUGUUUGUCAGUGAGCAUGAAACACGAUUACAAUCCUAUGGAUUUUCGGAGAGCGACGGUGAAUGGUCUCACAGCAAUGGGUCUGAGACAAUCGCCCCAAGGCCCGUCAAUAAUCCGUCCUGGGGGUGCAGUGUUGGAGGUAUACAAGAUGACACUUUUGUGGCUACUGGAGAAUCCUUUGAAACAUACAGUUGCAGUGGCUUGGUUGGGAUCCCUUCCCCUGGGAAUUGCGACUUGAUGUCCCUGGAUGCCAUGAAGCUAUUUUCCUUCCCAGCACAUUUAUCUGAUGAUAAUACUUGGGGUCACCAGUGGUGA